ACCAAGUUUGCUUUUAUUGAAUAGUAGUGACUACUCUCGCGCGAAAAUACACCCCUUCUUUUUACUUCUCCAUCGGAAUAUCCUUCGUACCCGCAUAUUCCCGAACCCGUACAUCAUUAAAAAGAUAGACUAUACCACACCCAAGCACGAUUUGAACAACAUCAAUAACAACAACAACAACAACAAAAACCCCCAUCUCACUAACCUCUACUAUUUCUCCCCCCUAAAAAACCAUGCCCUUCAAAGCCGCCCAAAAAGCAUCCUUGCACCACCUAAUCCCCCAGUCCAGCGAUGUAUCCCUCAACCCCCCCGAAUCCUAUUUCUUCAUCACCGACUUCCUAAUCAUAUCCUGCGGCAUCUUGUACACGCUCUGCUACGCCUUCUACACCAUCCGCACGUACAGCGACGGCGUUCUCGCAGGCACCGUGCAGUUCCUCAGCGCGACCAUGGCGUACGAAAUCUACUACGCGUGGGUAUGUACAUCGACGACGUUCCAGCGCGCGUGCUUCUUCGUGUGGUUCUUGUUCGACAUUACGUUUGUGUCGGUGGCGCUGGCGUAUGCGUAUCGGCCUGGGGAGCGGGCGAGGACGAUUGUAAAGCUGCUGUGGCAGACACCGGCGUGGAUGGGGUUUUUGUGGUGGGCGGGGGGGAUGUGGCCGGAUGAAAGGGAGCAGAAGACUGCGUUUUUUACGGGCUUGUAUCUUGAGUUGCCGAUUGGGUGGGGGCAGAUCUAUUAUUUGCUGAGGAGGGGGGAUACCAAGGGGCAGUCGUUGGAGAUUUGGAUUACGAGAUACCUUGGGUGCAUCACGGCGUUUUUGGUUUUCAUCUGGCGGUACAUUAAUGUGCCUGAGAACUGGGCGUAUGUAGGGAAUUGGUGGAGUGUCGGCGGCAUGAUUGUCACUUUACUUCCAGAAACCGUAUACCCAUUCUUUUACGUCUGGGCACAUAACAAAGAGAGGGAGAAGAAGGAAAAGACUGCAUGAGGCACAAGACAGGGUA